GCAUCCCUGAGCGCCGGAGGGCAGUCAUGCUCUGGUCCUCCGAGUGGCACCAUCUCUCCAAUAUUACCCAAUAGAAUCUUAUACAAAACCAUCUGCAAUGAAAUUUAAGCAUGAAUGUAAACGAGCGGAAAAAUCUUUACAACUAUUACUAAAUGAUGUGCAGAGAGGAGCCGAGGCGUGUCAGCGCUAACUGACCUAAUAUAACGUGGCCGCCAAGUGAACCUAUGGAACGUGGCUGUCGUUUCACCCAAAAGAACCCUACCCCAAUUGACCCCAAUGAACGCGGCGGUCAAAUGAACGAAUAACGCGCAAAUCCUACUGAACGCAGAGGACGGUCCCCAAAACUAGUGAGCGACACUGACAUCACCAGAACAUGUGAACGCCGCCGACAGCUUGAGUGAACGGACAGGAGAGAAUGGUGAAGAGGAAAGCUUGUGAUGAAGACUGGGAGAGAGAGGAGCUGGCUGUCCCUCUCCCAAUACAGACGUUCCUAUGGCGCCAGAGCAGUCCAUUCAUCAGACCCAAGUUGGGUAAGCUGCAUGAGGCUACUUGUAUGUUCUGCCAGAGCGCUCCUAGCCAUCACGAGAUCAAGGAAGCGUCCAAGUCUCUGGAGAAAGUGUUGGUGCAAAAUAUUCUCUUCGGCCUCUCGCCUUCCCUUACUGACGCUAUCAAGAGUGUACCUCGAUGGCGGUUCAUCCAGGCUGCCCUACCCCACGUCAUGCACUCUGCCGCUUCUCUCCUCUAUAACAGGAGGGAGUCGACCAUUACAAACCUCGGCGCUGCCGAGACCAAGUUACUCUACACACUCCACUGGAUAAUCCUGGACGCCGCGGAAGAGUGCGCAGACGCCGACCAGGAGAAGGGCCGCAGCAAGCCGACUGUCUUCCCUUACCACUUCUCCCUGGCUACCAUUCAGGUAUUCAUCUACCUGUUCGCACCGCUGCUGCACACGCUGAAGGAGUCGGACUUCCAAAAUUUUCGACUGGAGAACGGGUUGAAGAUCUGGGGAGCCCUUUGGGAGUACCGCCACCCCGAUGUACCGGCCUUCACUACCGCCGUCAGGCCCCGCAGUAAGGAGGCAGAGCCACACCAACAGCACACCUGUGUCCCCGACAGGCAGGUGCUCAGGGCCAAGAAGGUACGCCGCUCCAACACCCAGUUCGGCGAUGUAUUUCUGGGCGGCGGGGCAGGUCGACUAGGUAUCAGCCCGGAUGAUGAGAACCUUCUGUUCCUCUUGAAUGGUGGGAAGAGCCGCUCCAUCACCCCGCCUCCCAGCGACCCAUCCUCAUCCUCCACCCUUGACUCUAGGAUCCCUGAUGCUGCCAAGCUCGAGGAGGAGCUGCGACUCCUGUGUGGGAAUCGUGAGGCCACCUUUCCUGAGACCAUCCCAGAGGAGACAUCCAGCACAGAAGAGGAACAUGUGGUGAUAUUCAGACUUGGAUCCUACCCUGACAACGAUGGACGAGAGUCGCACGUAUACAAGGCUGAGCACCCAUCGUGCUUCCUCCGCACACCAACUGUGGAAAUCAGUGACACCACCAGUCCCACGCAGCCACCUUCCCUUGCAGCCUCCACAUCACCUACUGAUUCCCACUCACCAAGACUCAAUGAAAUCAAUGCCUCUACCAAGACCAGCAUUUCGGCUACAGGAGCUAAGCCAAGCUCUCUUACGGAUCCCACCUUGGCAACGUUUCUUGACGUUGCUGUUCUCCGGUGUCUGUUUGUGCAUCAGUGGAUGGAAGAGGGGGUUUAUUGGGCCAUUAAUUUUAUUUAUAGAAGAGCGCAAAGACUGCAAGAUAUCGGUGAGGAGACGGGACAUUCAGUCCCCCCAAGGCGGAGAAGCAAUUCUCUUCCUAUCCCAAAGAUUCACGUUUCUCUUCACUGCGACCCUACAGAGGAGAGGAAACCCAAGGAUGGAUUAGAUCAGAGUGACCAGUCAUCUUCUGAUUAUAUUAGUGAUUCACCUUUCUUGUCUGACCAUCCAUGCCCCCAAAGAGAGGGAAUGACCAGCUCCGGUGGGAGCACAAGGAAGAAGAAGAAGCUUAAUGAGCUCAGAGCUUUUGUUGAGACAAAAUUGAGGUCAUGUUCAGAGAAGGCCCUUGAGAAAAUAGGUCAUGAAGAUUCUCGAAGGUCAUCAGUGUCCGAGGAACCGGGUGGGGGUGCCGGGGAGUUUGGUGGCAGUUCUUGGGGCAUUGAUGGAGAAAAAUCAAGACCACACUCUGCUAUGGAUAAGUUUGUGGAGGAAUUACGUCAGCCAUGCCCUCCAUCACCUAGAUUUCCUCCUGCGGGUCUGGUAAAGGGCAAGAGUAUGCCAUCACUCAGCAGCCUCAUUGACGAGCUGCCGUACCUGGGGUACGUGGGAGAAGGUAGAGAGAGACGCGCCUUUCCACACAUGAUAGGCGCCACCCACCCAAUCAUAACCGUCACACAACACACGCCCUCUCCCAGCGAACACGGAUGGCGUGACCAGGCAUCUCAAAGUGGCAGUAUCGAGGGUCACGUUAUCUACCAGCGACCUCCACUCUCACGCUCCCAGACGGACUCCAACAUACAAUAUUCACAUGAGGAAGCUGUGGAAGCUCCUGGCUCCAUCCAUUACAUCACCCGUGAUGGUCAUAUUAAUCUCCAUGUCCUCCUUAAGGCGGCGCAGUCAGUGGCACAGCGCGAUGCUCAUGUGUGUUCACUGCGUGUGUGUGAGAUUCUUUUGCACCUUUUGGAUUUCCUCUUGGAUCUUGGACUUCUCAAAACUCCCAAACGAUGGCAAAAACUAGAUAAAGACAAAGAUGAGGAGAGAGGCGAAGAUGACCCUAAGCCUACAGAAAAGGACAAGGAGCAAAACAAUCACUUCAUAUUCAUGGACACUAUUAUUAGGAUUUACCGUCACCUUGGCUGCCAACAUGGCUGUGGAGAUGGGCAUCGGGGGCCUCCAGCGGACUUUCUUCGGUAUACAGGCCAAGGGCUGUUAGCACGGUUGUAUCGCUACGAUCAAAGCACCUUCCGCAGGUUUCUCAGGAUUUAUGUCAAGACAAGACCCAUUACCGAAAUUCUGGAGUUUUUCCAUGCAUUCCUGGGCUUUUGUGUCGACCCUAGCUCCCUGCUCUCUCCUAUGAAUGCUCAAGUUUCUCCUGUAGGCCAGAAGCGGACAGGGUCAGCAAAAGGGGUUGACACCCAGCAAGGAGGUUAUGCCACCAACUUUGGGGCAUCUCUUGGGGGUGCUGGCUCCAGGGGCAUUGAGGGACAGCUUGUUGCCUCUGUAUUUAAGGCUUUGGUGUCCCGGUUUGUCAAAGCCAGCAAAGAGCUGAAAAAUCCUGAGAACAUGGCUGUGUACUGUGAUGUCCGGCAGCUGCUGGCAUACACCAGAGAGGGUCACGGUGGUGUGUUUCGGAGGGUGGCACUCUCAGGCCUCAUUGACUCUGCCGACCGACCACACAAACAUCGCCAAAAACUACAAACUACCAGGGUUGUCAGACGAGUGACAGUGGAGGAGGACACCUACCGAGACUCUCCUCCAACCAUGACAGAGGAAGGAGGAGAUGCUGGGAAAGGCAGAAAAGGAAUUUUCAAGAAAAAAUCAACCUCUUCUUCCAUUACGUCUGUCAUCAGGAAAGCCCCAUCUGUUAGUAGUGUUUAUGAUGAGCAGCAAGAGGACUCGACUGGUGGUCAGAGUCCUGUGUCAACAGUUCGUCGUCGCCACCACCAGAUGAUGGGACCACGACCCUCAGAACAUGAUCACCUCGCCCCUAAUGCCAACCCUAAAGGCAGAAGGGUUUCCAAGCUUGUGAGUUGGCUGCGUGGUCGAAGCAUGGAAGGAGAGGGAUUAGGCAUCCAUCCAUUCCUUGGGGAGCCAGUAGAGCUGCCACCUGCUCUCGCUCGCCGCCUCUCCCACACAGCAUCUCACAGCAUUUCUCACGGAUUGAUGGGUGGGGGCGUUACUCGUCCCAGGCUGAUUACCAAACCUGGAGCUGGACCUAUGAGUGUGAAGCUGAUGCAGGCCCGUCGCAGGAUGGAAGACCACAUUGGGCGCAUUGGCUUCGGAAAGAUCAAGAAGAAAGACUACAGCUGUGAUGAGACUCCGGACCCCAGCCGGAGGAACAGCCUAGACCAGGAAGGUGGGGUGAGGGAGACGAGUGUGGUGCUGGUGAGGGAGAGGAAGCUGGUUCCAAUGGAGAUGGUGAGGAACGGUAUGCAACGUUUCAGCUUCCUGCUGGAAACCUGCCAGCCCGGCUCAGUGCCUGACCCUCAGCUCAUAGCUGCUGUCUUAGACCUGCCUGGUGCUCCAGUUAUUGCACGCGCAGCAUUCCUAAUGGAGAUUGCACACUUUAUCCAUCGAUGCAACCGUGGGGCCUGGCCAGCUUGGAUUAAGAUGUCGCUCCCAAUGUACCGUCCCUCGGUUUCUCUUUCCCGAGCUCUGCCUUCAGGGGCAAGAAGGAUGAACAUCCUUCAGCGUGGGGCUGGUAGGAUGUUCUACCAGUGGGCUGAGGCUCUUGGAACCCGUCUGGAGGAACUCCUGGAGGAGUCUGGACCCACAGUAGAGGAGGUUGUGACACCCAUCACUGAUACAGAAACUCGCCGUGCCCUCAGAGCCAACGACGAAGAGGAAGACUUUCUUGAUGAGAUCAGUGUCAAUCCUGGAGGAGCUGACUGUCCGAUGGCGCUGAAGCUAGUGGCGGUGCAGGUACUGCUGGAAAUUACAGCCUUCUUGAGGGAGACCUACACUGCAUUACCAAAGUCUACAAGGAUGUCUGUUCGUGGGGAGCGACCAUUAGCCUGGGGUGGUCCCUGUGGCGGGUUGGGACCUGGAAGGGACCCCAACAGGAGGUGGUCCAUGGCCCUCUCUUCUAUGGGGUACUCCCAUCCUUCUGCUCAGAGCCUCCAGAGCAUUGGUGAAGCUCACCCAGCUGGAUUUACCGGUGAACGUAAGAUCAGCUUUGCCCUUCAUGACCCAGACAACGUAAGCUUGGGCAGCUCCAACACCACAGUCACGGUACAGAGUGGACAGUACUGUGACGAGGACCGUAGACGAGCGGUGCAGUCGAGCCGUAGUCACCACCUCCUAAAGAAGGGUGCCAGUCACAACUCCUCAUUCAAGCGACGCUCAUUCAAACUCAGCCGCAGAAGCAAGGACCCUGACUCUGACUCUAUCAAGAGAUCUGACAGUGUCCGAUCACGAAGGAAAGUGUCUGCUGUCAGUGAACGAUCUGACACUUCUGAACACUUAGAGCAAGAGGUAUCAGGGGAAGAGUCGCCCGGAGUCCUGAGCAAUGAGGAGCUGCCGGAGAGUCCUACUGAUGGGGAUAUCGAUGAGGAGAGUCUAACUUCUAACAUGCCUUGGCUCAAGACCAUAGUACGAGUAUCUUCACUAUACAACAUGACCUGCACCCACCAGACCUUCUGCCACCCUCACUGUUAUAAGAGGAACAUGCGAGCUUGUAGAAGGCUUAUGCAUGCGGUCAGGAAGAUGUAUGGAGAGGAGUUUGAAGAGCAGGAGGAGGAGGCAGCUAAUGUGGUUGACCCUGGACGCGAUGCUAAGAAAGAGAAGAAACAGGGAAGAAAGGCAUCAGAGCAGGGCCACAGCUCUCCACUCAAGAGGAAGGAGAGCUUUGCCCGUCGUGAUAAGAUCGACCGGAGUGUGGAUAUAUCUGCAGUAUUGUCCAGGCUUGGUCACCACCAGGGAUCAGCUGUUCACCUUUCCAAGGAUACCAUUGAUACAGAUGGUGAUGGGAAGGAGGCUACAAAGGAUAGUAGCCAUAAAGAUGAGGAGAAAAAGAAGCCUAGGAAGUGUGACAUACCCAUAAUUAAAUACAUGAAAACUCAGGUGAAGGGUUUGAGUCAUGUACCACUAUCAGUGGUGUGCAAAGCCGUAGCUGUGAUGACAGAGGACCUGUUAUUGGAUGUCGUACCACAAGCCUGGGAACUGCUGCUGGAGUAUGAUAAUGAGGUGACAGCAACAGCAGCAGUGGUGUUCAUCCUCGCAGGAGUCCGCAUUCCGGUCCACACCUCUGACGUUAUGACCCGAGAGCUCACCCACCAAGACCCCAAUACAAGACUUAAUGCUAUUCUCAGGUUUCAAGUUCUCUGGCAGUCACGAUACCAAGCCUGGCCACGGAUGGAAGAGGGAGCCCAGCUGACUUUUAAGGUGCCUCCCCAUGGAAUUGAAUUUACAUUACCAUCCCCAAAGAUAGGUGUGGAGUCUCUGCCUGUGGUAGACCCUCCCUGGAUGCCACACUUCAAGACUAAUGUGGAUGAAGUUACAGUCAACCAGAUCCAACAUAGAUCAUUCGUAACAGCCACGAGGACCAGGAGGAAGUUGCAAGCAGAGAUGGUUCGAUCUGCCUUAGAAGCAGAGGAGAAGAAGCGCCGCAUUGAGAGGGAGAAUUUCUUGCUUACCACUGUCCCCGUCACCAUUCAGGCAGCAUAUGAACCAGCUCUUCACCAUGUUUCCCCUGAUGACCAUGAGGAAGAAUUUGCUGGAGAAGAGGUCGAGGCAGAGCUUGGGAGGGGUGGAUCACAUCACGUGUCUGUGGCCCAACAGCUGUUCCCGUCAUGCCUGUGUUCCGCUGUUCUCACCAUCAUCCACCUCUUGGAUGACCCAGCUGUUACACUGGAUGGUAUUGCUGUUUAUGAAGCAGCUCAGCAGGUGAUCUGGUCAUGUCUGGUGGAGGACUCUGCUUUAUUCCUAAGAUUUUUUCUGGAGAAGUUAACACGAGAACGUCAAGAUGUUAUGGUUCGCCUUCUUCGUCGGCUGGUCCGCUUCAUUCCCCAGCUGCCCUCUCAGGCAGCUUUUGCCUUGUACAACUACAUGGUUGGGUACGUCAUGUUUUAUGUACGGAGUCCACAAGAGGCUUCACAGGACCAUAUUGCCUCGGCUCUCUCCAUACUUUGGACGGUGGUUCCCAGCAUCCAGGGAAUACUCUUCAAGGACAUAAAACAAAUUUUCCGGAAGGAGCAGUGUGACUCGGCUCUUCUGGUAACUGCCAAUGUUCCCUCUGCAAAGAAGAUCAUUGUCCAUGGCCCGGGAGGUCUCGAUGGUGGUGGUAUUCCUUCUCAGUUCCCCAUCCAGGAGGACACACAGUUUUGCCAGAUCCUGCAGGAGAGUCUGGACUUUUUCAGUAUUGCUGAGAAUGACCACAAGUAUUACUUCCUGGUGGACCAUAAAACAAAUCAGAUCCACAACCUGCAGUCCUAUGUGCGUGACUUCUACUUCUUCAAGCGGGCUCAGUAUCCACAACUUCUCAUGAUCUAUAUGGAGCCAGAUGCUGCCUAUGAUGCCCUACAGAGACAAGCUUUCACACUUAAAUUACUCGAGAUUGGAAAGGUGCUCAUGGCCUGGUCCAUCCUGAAGAGACCUGACCAGGUUGCUCAGCGUGUCUUUUUUCUGCACGAAGAGUUAACUAAAUUACCGUCUUUCCCACGCAAAGCUUUGGAGGCAGACUUCAACCUCUAUAAGGGUGGUGCCAUGGGCAAGGAGGUACGGGGGCUUGACCAACUGCACAAGUACAUGUGGGUGCAGUUAGUCACCCGGAUGUUUGAGGGUAUGGCCGGCAAUCUGACCUACAUCACUGACCUCCAUCUCUUCCUCAAUGUGAUCAAUGGUGCCUUCCUCCUCCACUGUGAAGACUCGUCGAUGCUUAGACUCUGCAUGGCUUCCUACAUCAACGCUGCUCAUCACUUCAAGAACCUCUUUUCUACAAAUGGGUAUCUGCACAUCAUGCCAACCAUUUUGCGAGUGUACAGUAAUUACCAGAGCAACAAGAUGGUAGUGACUGUGAUCGAGUUCAUCGUGAAGCAGUUGUAUAUCUUACACCGCAAGCCCUUCAUCCUGCAGAUGCUGGGUUCUGUUGCCACUAUCCUUGAUAUGGAUGAAAGUGCUGUCUAUGGAGAUGCUAAUAAGAUUCAGCCUCGGAGGCUCUUUGACAUCUUGUUGUCCCUGGAGCGGCACCACGAAGAUCCACUUCACAUCCUUGACCUUGUGACUGUGCAGAAACCCCUCAGAGCUCUGGACUUCUGCUACCAUGAAGAAUCAGACUCUGUGUCACUGCUGGAGGCAGUGGACAUGUGUGUUACUGUUGUUGCCUAUUCUGCCGACUCAAAGAGAGGUCAUCAAAUGCUGACAAUCUUGGAAGCUAACUUAGGACUGGUUCUUCGGCAUCUUCAAGCCACCGCUGGACGCGACCUACGCCAAGAGAAGGAAACCAUUCAUCACGUUGCUGUUGCUAUGAAAACUCUUGUUACCAAUUGUGAACCACUAGCUAAGAACUACACAGGACCGCAAAAGUCAGCUGGAGAAGGCAAGGGCUCAAGUCGAGUUACAUAUUCCAAGACAUCAAAGGCAUACAAUCCUGCCAUAGAGGUGGAUGAUGAUUCUCAUUCCAAGUACAUGAGUGAUUCCAAGAGAUACCAAGCCUAUGAGCGAGAUAUGGAGGACUCUGAGGCACUGCGUCAUGACUUCCGCCAGCCUCGAGACACCUUGCUGCAUGUGGUGGCCGAGUUUUUAACCACUUGCUCACAGAGAUUGGCAGAGAUCAACAAGAAAGCUGGACAGGAGAGCAAACAUUCUGAUCUUCUGGAUACUAAAUGUCAUCUUCGUCUAGCAGAGGUUGCUCACAGCCUGCUAAAGGUGGCCCCAUAUGAUCCUGCCACAAUGGGCUGCAGAGGACUCCAACGGUACAUGAAUGAGAUCCUUCCACAUCCAGAUUGGUCUCAUGAGGAUCUCAGGCCAGCACUGGUUAACAUUCUUAGAAGACUUGAUAAAAUGUUUAAUAAGAUUGCCAAGAAAAACUCCAUAAGGAGAUUAACAGACUGGGGUGCUGCAGCUAGUCUCCUGAAGGGCGUAUACACAACCCUCUCCAAGUAUCCUUACAUAGCACACCUGCCUCACCUCAAGAUGGUUGUGCAGGUCUGCCAGUCACUGAUACUCGGGGAGCGAAUAGGAGACAUGGAAGUCCACAACUUUGCCGCCUGGUCCCACUCUCCCCCUCCUCACUUUUGCUCCAUGGUAGUCAAGAUCAUUGCCAUGCAAAUCCUAGCUCUCGGGAUGUUCAGCGAUGUAACUGGGGUGACGUUCUCACUGGAGCAGAUCUGUGGUGGGUCAUCACUCUUCCCAACACCAGAGAAGACCGAGAACAUGAUUAUGAACCUCCUCCUACCUCUAUGCCUCCGAGUUGGAUGCGGACGCAAAGAUGCUCCAAGAAUGCGUCAAGCAGACAUCAGCUUUGCACUUACUGUUGUCCUGCAUGCCAUGAACCCUCCACUGGCAAAGUUGCAACCAAUACACGGCCCACAAGCCAAGACCGUACCAGGCUCUGACCCACGAUCCCAAUCCUGGUCCCACCAUCAGCUCGAUCCACGUGCCUAUCCCAAGGUCAAGCCAACCAUUCUUCGAAUAGCCUUCCUGGGGCUCAAAGUGAUGAUGGUAUGUUUUGAAAAGCAGUUGUCACAAGAUUGGCACCGCAUUCUUCAUUGUCUUCGGGAUAUGGACUCGCGCGGUGAAGGAGGAUUGGCACUUUGGGACUUUUUAGACUUUGUUGUGUCAUUCCGCACUCCUCUCUUUAUCCAGAUGAGACCAUUCAUGCUUACCAAGCUCCUUCGGCAGUGUACAAAUGAAGGCAGUGAACACUACCAGCUAAUUAUUCGUGACCGUAUCCAUGGCUGGUCAUUGCCACCUCCUAGAUGCCGAGGGUCUCUCCUCCUCGACCUUGCUCACCAGGUCAAACAGCUUAAGGAUGAGGUCAUUACUACUAAAGUAACAGGGGAACAAGACAUGCGUCCCUCAGCCCUGGAAAUACAAAGUGAAAUAUCUCAUGUAUCUCGCCGACCUCGGAUGUCAUAUGCUGGCCCUCACUCGGAGUGCCCUGCACGGCCUCUGACCUCUCCUCCCCUCAGGUCAAAAGGCUCUGUGUCAAGCAGCAGUACUGGAUGUUCAUUGGCGCUCCACCGAGACCUGUCUGUGCGCUCCGAGCCACGACCUGCCCCCAUACCCUCCCACGACUCUCAGAUUCCUCCGCUCCCAGAUGCAGAUAAACUCAGAAGGACCUCAUUAGCUGAGGAGUUGCAACCUUUGAGUAAAGGUGAGGAUAGUAGUGUAUCAACACCUACAAGCCCAGGCGAAGGUGGUGGCAUGGCGAAUGGAAGCCAGGAGAGUGUUCGUAGUGGUGUAAGACCCAGACUACAACGACAAAUGGCUCAGUCUAGAAAGACUUUCCGGUUUCGAAAGAGCAAACAUGGGCAUGGGCACGCUGAGACACAGGAGCGGCAACCUCAAGUCGCUCACAUUGAUGUUGAACCCACUCGACUUCCUCCUGUGACUGGUGCACAGAUGGUAACGGGCGAGGACCCAGCCCUCAGGGAGCUCUCUGUCCCACUUAUACCUGAAGACGAUUUUACACCACCUGGCCAUUCCACUGCCACUACGACCACCACCAAGAGAGAAAAGUCAAAGGCCAGCAUUAUACAACCUGAACCAGAAAGUGUAAGUGAAAUAAGCUACAUGGAAACGUCUACCAUAUCUGGCUAUCGUGAGAGUUUUGGUGGCUUUGACAUGAGUCUUCAGGAGCUUGAACGCCUUGAGAUGCAGGUCCGUACAGGAAAAUACAAGGAGCCACUGACUGGUCCUGUUGUGCCCUCGCCAAGAAAGACUUCAGUAGUUGAGACCCGGUUCCAUGAGCCUGGGGCUGCUAACGAGAAAAACGUUGAGGAAGUUAGAACGGCUAGCCCAAAAGUCCAAACUCCAUCUGUACCAUCACCAGCUUCCCGAAGAUCUGAACCUUCUAAUGAGAAAAAAAGUGCUCAAAUGCAAGAUUCCCACCAACUAGGCACUACAGUUCACGCUUCACAACGUCAGAACCAGUACUCCCAGUAUCCUCAUUCAUCUCGUGUUUCUCAUGCCCAGCUCUCACAAUCAUCUGUUAUUGCCCCUCCUCACGCAGCUCAUGCAAGUCGCACACCCCAAUCCAUUCAUACCUCAUACUCACCUUCUACCCACAGUACUCAUUUCUCACAUGCUCCUACCUCAACCCAUAGUACUCAUAUUUUGAAUGCUCCUCAUUCAACCCAUGGCACUCAUAUUUCUCAUAUUCCUCAGUCAACCCAUGGUACUUACAUUCCUCAUGUUCCUCACUCAACAUAUGAUACUUACAGCUCGAAUGAUCCUCAGUCAAUCCAUGGUACUAACAUCUCAAAUGAUGCUCACUUAUCCCACUGUGCUCAACACGCACACCAUUCUGUCCACUUUUCAGAUCUUUCAUAUAUAGCCCAUACUGGGCAUUAUCAGUCUGCCCACACAGCACAAGCCCUCCCCUUCCCCCAUCCCUCCCAUCUAAAUAGUAUUCCUGCAACAUCAUAUGACCAAGUGUCUCAUUCUUCUCGGUCAGCCCAACCAGUAGUCCAGUCCUCUUGUGCUCAGCAUGCUGUGCGCUCUGAUCAGUAUGCCCAUGCUAGUUUUUCUACUCAGUCUAAAGAGUCUGCUAAUGUAGGUCGCACAGUACAUCACAUCCAUACUUUUCAUUCUCCUCAUAAAGUAAACCAGACACAUGCCUAUUCAAGUCAUGUAGAGUCAAUGCAGUCAACAUGCCCAAGUCAUGGAGUACAGUCUGUCUCCUCUUUGCAGGCUACACAUGCAGCUCAUGCCCCACAAUAUAUCCAACAUGUUCAGGAUGUCCCGCCUAUUCAGUCAGCCCGUGCUGUUCCACCUAUCCAAAUUAGCAAAACAAUCUGCCAGAGCCAUUCACCUCAUCCUGACCACUCUAUGCUUAUUUCCCAUCCUGGUCGCUCAGCCCAAACUGUCCAGCAUCUCCCUCACCAUUUCACGACUGCUCCCGAGCAUGAAAGUUACAUGCAUACCCCUGGACAGUCUUCCCACACUACUCACUAUAUGCCACCAACUCCAGCAGCACACUCCCCUCGUUCAAGCCACCACACCCACCCCACUGUUUGGAGACACUCAUGGGCUGAAGGAGAAGCAAAGGAACAGCGUGUGUGGACAAAACCAGAUGGUAGUAGUAUGUCAAGGUUUGAAUGUGAAGAAAUGGGAGUGCCAGAACGCAGCCAUGAGGGGGUGACUACAACACGACAUGUCUGGGAAGUACAAUCAGAAAUAAGGUCAGGAGAGAAUCUAACACCUGGAGAAUUAACUUCCUUAUUGAAACGUUUUGAACACCGUACUCCUUCAGAACAAUCUUUGCUUGUAGCAGAAAGGGAUGAAGAUACACUAAUUUAGAUACAAAAAUGAAGUAUUGAACUUAAUGAAUCUUUCCUUUCUGAUUAGCCCUUGGUAGAUCAGAGAAAACCCAUGCAGAUGAUGAGUCACAAUAACAUGGCUGAAUGUAUGAUGACCAAAUCACACAUCUGAAAGUGAAGAGAACCCUAUGAAAGCAUAGGUGCAACACAGGCAACUGUGUGAAGUAAAUUUGGCAUCCCUCAGUAAACAAUUGUUUAUGUAUACUGUACCCUGGUUGCGAUGUGUCCAACUACCACCAGAUGGCAGCCUAGGUCAGUUUGUCCUUUCAAUUUGGCCAUGUUAAACCCAGUAAACCAAUUGGAAAGAAGAAGAUGGCAGGGGCAGGGAGCCACUGGGGUCCACCAGUGUAGAUGAAAUUACCAGCACAUAUGAAUCAGUACAGUACCCGAUAUUAAGUUUAAGCCAACAACAAAUUUAGUAGCUUAUUAAUUCUCAGUUUUGAAAUCCUGAGUUAUGGGUAAUUAUUUUCAUACCCUAUUCAGAAACAAUAUAAAAUAACUUUUGUACAAAGUACUGUACUGAAUUCCUAUAUAGUACUGUAUGUAAGAAAAUGUUAAGAGUUUAAUAUAUUCAGUAUUGUGAAAUAUUGUUGAAGGUUUUGGAAAAAUUGCAAGUUAGGCUGUAUACAAAAUAUAAAGCUAAUACCGUGUCAUUGUUACAUGGGAUUUCUGAGACAUUCAGUGUGAUUGGAUACCAUUUCACAUUUAACCCCCUAGAGCACUGCAACUUCCCACAUACAAUUAUAGUGCCAAAUAAUUUAUCUAUCAAUCCCUGUAAUCAAAGAUUAAACCCAUAAAAAAGGUGUAGUAUAAUGUACAGUAUCUAAAAAUGUUAUGAGUUUAUACAAAUCUAUAUUGUAUAUAGCACAAUAUAUAUCAGAUAUAACCAAGGAAAAGGUAUUGUAGUUUUGUGGUGGUGAGAGUUGGCAAUUGACCAAGUACUAUUGCAAUUCUAGAAAUUAUUUAAAUAAUUUUCCCACUGUAAAAAUAUCUUUGCCAUGGAAAUAGUGUAAUACAGUGUUGAUAUACAGUACUGUAUAUACAUAUUGUAUUAGUUUAUUAAGGAUUCAUCAUUUUAUCCAUCCAUAUUUAAUAGGGAAAUUUUUCAAGCAAAUUUUACAUUCUUUGUCAAUUAAUAAUUUAUAUAUACAUUAUUUACUUUGAUCACAGUUAGGUUAAAAUGUUAUGAAAAUAUAAAUCCAUUUAUUUUCAUUUAAAUUACAGUAUCAUAAUUUUAAAUUCUUGUUCAACUUAAUAAGCAAAGCAAUGUUAAAAUAUCAUAUAUGUUGGAAUUUUUGUUAUGAAAAUGUUAACUAUUUGUAUAGAAUAUAGUAGUAAUAAAUAACUGAUAACAUUUAUCAUGAGAGUCUAGAGUAAUGCUCCAAACAUACGUUGACAUGCACGAGUGCACUGUUUGUUUAGUAGUCUCUGUUUGUCAUCGUCAGUAAUCUUCGGGUUCAAUAUUACUAUAAACUUUAUACUGUAUAUGUAUUAUAAAAGCAAGGUUAUACCACUUAAUAUACACCAUGAUAAUGUCACUUUCUUGCUAAUAAUAAUGUUUUAUAUGUUGCAUAAUGAAUAAAUUAUAUACACACACGUAUAUCAGUAUGUAUAGCAUAUUGUAUCUACAAUUUGCCAACUGGCCAGUAUGCAACAAUUUAUAAUGUAUUAACAGUAAGCGCCUGCCAGUCCACAGCCACAAGUGGUGUUGUGCUAGAUCUGAUUUUCAAAUUACUUGCAUAAUGCUCAGUUGUCCCUCCCUGCUGCUUGUUAAGAUCUCCACAAGUCAGCCUGGUUUGAUUAGCGCAGAGAGAAAAUGCUAGACAAGAGAAGGCAGUAUCUGGUGCCCGACAGCAUGACUUCACUGUAGUGCAUCAUAUCAACAAGUCCAAAAAACUCUAUAUAGGGACGCUCACUAGCACCAAGGAGCAGUUUAAGAUAUCAUUCACACAAGAUAACAGUAGGAACUCAAACUACAUUGUCAGAUACCUAAAGGCCUGGAGGAGGUAUGGUAUCUCUUAAAUUAAUUUGAUGGGAUUGAACACAAUAUUGUAAUCAUUUUUCUUUGUUUUCCCCCUUUAAUUAUGACUUGUGUAUGUUGUAAAAUGUAUAUCUAUUAAUAAAUAUUUUUAUUUAAAAAAUUUCUUUUAUGAAAAAUAAAGAUAUUUUGACGCUAAAACCUGUAGUCACCAAGUGAUAAAAAUAAACUGUGUUGAAAGUAAUCACAUGCCCUUAUCUGGCAGGUUCCUCAGUAGUACCCAGAGCCAAUUGGGAAACUACAUGAAGGGCCCUUCCAAGAAAAACUCAUGCUAGUCUGCUCUGGUCCAUAUAGUUUUGCAAAAGUAGUUCCACUAAACUGUUACUUUCUUGGGGGAGCCCCUUCUGAUCCCUUGAAGCUAUCUCGCCAAGAUGGCUCCCAAUUACUAGGUCACAU